AUGAUUUCUCUGCUUCUGAUCGGUCUUCUUCUCUUUGUUCGAGUCGUUGCGCGUGCUCCGUUGAGCCCGGAAUGCCUCGAAGAGAUUGAGCAAUUCCGUAAAUGCGCCGAGGUGAGUUUUCUCUUCUUGAGAGUAGUAACUUCUAAACUUUUCAGCCGCAUAAAUUCCCGAACAGCUUGCUCCGGGAAAUGACGGAGAAGUCAGAUUACCCUCCGCUCCGCUCGAAGCACGUCGAGGAGAUCAAAUGCUUCAAGGAACCGGUUUGCAAAAAAGUCAAAGAUGCGCUCGCGUUCAGAGAAACUAAGCUGAAAAUGGAGGAUAUUAUGCACAUUGAAAUGUUUGAUUGUUUGAAUAAUGUAAGCGAGAAAAGCAUUUGCUUAUAGUUGUCAAAUAAGCUUUGCAUUAAAGGGUGUUUGGAUGCGGAUCAAGAAUAGAUGUCAGUCCGGAUUGACCUGUGAAGAUCCCUCGUACGCAGAAUGCCUUCAGAAGCAACUCGAGAAGGAACCUUCGUGCAGGCUGUCCGACAUCGAAUUGUUAAAGUUCAAACUGGCUCCGCUCUUCCCGGUGUACUGCCACUUGAAGGACAGUCUUCGCGGAAGAAAGAACGGCUAA